UCUGUUACCAGUUUACUUCGUAGGAUUUACAAAAGGUAAUUUAGUAUAACCGUGAUUGACACUGACAGUAGACAUCGACAAGCGUGAUAUACAUGCUACGAACAGAACACGGAUACACUUUAACUGUAACCGCGCAGUUUUAGAUAAAGGAGCUAAACAAAAUUGUAUUACUUCAUCGUAAACCACCGGCCGUUAUCAACCAGUACCUUCUAUCUGGGAGUUCGUGAAGAAGUGACGACGGUUUCUACACUUUUACAUUUGGUGCCUGGACUGGUCGAUUCAUUGAGUGUCUUUAUGUGACAGUUGCGCUAUUUGCCCGUUUGCUUUUCGAGAUGGCAGAAUUACCACCGCCGCAACAGUUGGUUGAUAUUGACCCGGAUUUCGAGCCGCUCUCCCGCCCCCGGUCAUGCACCUGGCCUCUGCCUCGACCGGAGUUCAUCGAACCCGCCAGCUCGAACACAUCUUCACCGGCGCCUGCAGUCAAGCAGGAGCCUGUCGAAUACAUUAGUAACCUCAGUUUGUUAGAGGAGUCAGAGGACUACCAGGAGGAUGAGAAACGGCUGGUUUUGUGCAAUGAUUUUCAAUGCCAGGAGAAAUGCAUACACCAGCAACAGCAGCAACAUCAUCCACAGCAGUUACAGAAACACCCGGGUACUCUGCUGCCACACCAGCAACAGGUGCCCCCGCUCUCGUCCCCCGUCGGGUCAAAUUCGGUGGCCGCUGCUGCCGCUGCUGCGCAGAGGAAAAGCAGCUCGUCGCGUCGGAACGCGUGGGGGAAUAUGUCCUACGCGGACCUCAUCACCAAGGCGAUAGAGAGCUCACCCGAGAAGCGACUCACCUUGUCUCAGAUCUAUGACUGGAUGGUGAAGAGCGUGCCAUAUUUUAAGGAUAAAGGAGACAGUAAUAGCUCUGCAGGUUGGAAGAACUCCAUCCGCCACAACCUGUCCCUCCACAGUCGUUUUGUUCGUGUGCAGAACGAGGGGACAGGGAAGAGCUCCUGGUGGAUGCUGAACCCCGAGGGAGGGAAGAGCGGGAAGUCCCCCCGACGUAGAGCUGCCUCCAUGGACAACAACAGCAAGUUCACCAAGAGCAGAGGACGGGCUGCAAAGAAGAAGGUGGCUCUCCAGGUGGAUGGGGGUGCAGACAGCCCGGGAGGCUUCCAGUACUCCAAGUGGCUCGGCAGCCCCAACUCCCAUAGCCACAGCAACGACGACUUCGAGGCCUGGACCACCUUCCGGACACGCACCAGCUCCGACGCCUCCACCCUCUCUGGCCGUCGUUCUCCCUUCUUGGAACAGGAGGUCGACCUAUCAGAGGCCGACAUCCACAUGGGCUUCCCCGGAGGGGUAGGGCCUAAGAUGACCUCCAUGGCCACCCUGCCUAGCCUAUCAGAGGUGGGCCUGGGUGACUCCAUGGGUGGUCAUCAUCACGGUCACCACGGAACAGAGAACGUGAUGGAUAGCCUCCUUGACAACCUCAACCUGCUGUCCCCCAAGAAUCAAACCCAGCUGGGGGUAGGCAGUGGUCCUGGGUCUGGGCCUGACUCCUCCCGGUCCUCUCCCUCCUCCAAGCUUCAGAACAGCCCUUAUAGCUCCCCCUCCAUGACCCCUCACCCCCAGCCCCCACAGCAGGACUAUAGGAAGUGCCACUACGGCCAGGCCGGGCCAGGGAUGAAUAGCCCACAUCUCUCUCCCAUCCCCAUGCAGACGCUGCAAGAGAGCAAGUCGCCAGGGUCCUUCGCACCCUUCCUGAGCCAUUACAACUGCCCUGCUGGGCUACUCAAGGAGCUGUUGACCUCUGACGUAGCCGAUCCUUGUUGUGGUGGGGAGGCCAUGCCCUCCAUGGAGACUGUAGUGUCCCAGUCUGGGAGAGGAAGAGGAGGGCGGAUGCUUCCCAACUACAGCAGCCAGGUGCAGGUAGGGGGGCACGGGGGGGUGAAGAUAAUGAGUCCCCCACCUCAGCAACACCCACAGCACCCUCAGUCACAUCCUCACCCUCACCCGCGGCCCCUCCACAGCCAGGGCCCUCCCCCCUCUGGGCCCUCCAUGAACAGCUGUGGCCUGAUUCCCCUGACCAGCCUGAACCACGCCGGGGGCCCAGCCCGUCUUGCUAGCCUCAGGACACACAUCCACCAGCUACAGCAGCAGCCACGUGGUGGUGGUCACCCAGCCUCAGGCCACCAAAACCACAGUCCCCACCACAGCGGAGCUCCUCCACCCAGCUACGGCAGCAGUGCUAAUGGUUAUGUGAGGCCAGGUCCAGGCCACGGCCACAGCUCUGGUCAUCCCCAGGCUCACCAUCACCACCAAUAUCACAACCAUCAUCAGGAGAGGCUGCCUAGUGAUCUAGACGACAUGUCCAUAGAGAGGUUCGAGUGCGACAUGGAGUCUGUUCUUCAUGACACGCUGAUGGACGGAGACUCGCUGGACUUCAACUUUGACCCCAUGGUAACCUCUCAGGGGUUCAGUCAGGGGGUUGGGGUGAAGACCACCACACACAGCUGGGUGUCUGGCUAGGACACACACCUCUCAGACAGAUUUUUCACCCUUCGACACUGACCUUCGUUAAGAGAAUGGAAAGGUCUAAGGAAACCAUUGCCCCUCUCCACAGCACUAUCAUCAGCCCGUCCCAAUUCUCUCACUAUCCAUUGCAGAUCUGUAAGGUGGAAGAAAUAAUGCAUUUUGCGAAGAUCGAAGGGUAAGGGCUUAGAGAGUGAAUCGGGGCUGGCUGAGACUGUGCUUGUUUAGAGGGAACGUCUCGUCUGAAGUUGGCUUUGUAAAUACAGCAGCGCCCGACUCGGCACAAUGUCAUUCACUUCAACAGAACCUGGAAGAAGCUGGAGCCUAAUUUACAAAAAGCUAUGUUUUGUUGUGAAAUAUAUUUUGUUUUUAUUGUGUUAUUAUCGUUUUUGGGCUCUCACAUGAUGUUUUUGCAAGUGUAUUUCUUUUUUAUGUUCAGUGUCAAAAUCACACAAGAUCAGGGCUAGGUUUUAGCUCUUCAAAAACAACUGGAAUGGAGUCUGUUCUACUCUACAUUCAAGUGGGGUCAGUCCCACCCUUCAGGGUGCUUUUCAACAAGGUUGUCAAAAAGCAUUUGGCAUAUUAUGUAUGAAUAAAAUAUUAGGGAUGUAAAAUAUGCUACAAUACUUCAAACAUAUGUAAUGUAUACUGUGUGUAUAUUUGUGAAAAGGAAUAUUCUUACAUUUUUAUUAUUCUUACACCUUUCUCUGUGUGCAUUUAAAAUUCCCUUUUCAUUGCCUCUCAUUACCUUUCAAAUGACCAAUAUGCUAUGUUGAACCAUCUACCCAGGAACCAGGCCAGCAUAGGGAUAGCCAAAGCCACAGUGAUAGGACAAAUCAGACUAGUUCAGUGAUAAUAGAUAUAUGUAUUUUAGUGACAGGACAAAUCAGAGAAGUGCAGCAAGUGGUUACUUAUCUAACAUCUCAGGCUAUUCUUUCCUCAGCUGUUCAUCACUCUUCCCUUCUCUUGCCCUUCACGUCUCUUUCGAGUUACGAUUCCUAAUUCCAUCUACUUUUCUCUAAUCAUCAUCUAUCUGAUUGUGAUGAUCACACUCUCCCUGGCCUUCAUUCAGCUCGCAUCCCUGACUCCUUUUUCUCACUCCCACUGUUUCCCUCCCACUCUCCUACUCUUUUCUAACUCGCCUCUCUUUGUGCCUUAUUACUCUCAAUUCCUCUCUUCAUCUCUCUCGCUCUCGCCCCCUCUUCCUCUCCUUCUCUGUCUGUGGGUGUGAGGGCGCUGUAUGCAUUAGGAGGGCAGCGAUAAUUUGAGAGGCUGAUAAUGGACUCUAGUUUAUCUCACAUAACAGUGUUCAACAGCAGAACACAGGAUUUGAGCUUUUUUCCUCCUUAGCAACCCUCCCUCUCUUCCUCCUUUUUCUUUGUCACACACCAAAACGUGUAACCUAAAUAACCUGAUGUUUUAGAGUCAGUGUGCUGAUUCACCGCACCUUUUAUAGUCUCAGACUUAUGUAAGUACGUUUUGGAAAGUCAAGGCUUUAUUUGUUACUAGACUUUGCAUUGUAGUUCAUAAUAAUUCCAUGAGUGACCUGUGAGAAUCUGUGUAGUGCUGGAGUAACCUGGUUGAGUCUGUACCUAUAGGUUGCCAUUUGGGACUUAACCUAAAUCAGCUGUCUCAAACUCCAGGCACGGGAUCUACUGUAUAUCAGCCCCACAAGAUGCGUUCUUGUGUUCCCCAGAUUAAUAUCUAAUUUGAGUUUGAGGUCUAAAUGGAUUCCCCUCUUUACCAGCCUCUCCCCCACUUGGCUAUUUACUAAACAUGUUUAAUUAAUGCAAUUUAAGUGAGUUAACGGGUUAACGCACACUCACACACUCACACACUCAUACCUCAACUUAUUUUACCUCUCACCGUUCUGUCACAGUACAUGGGGAUUGUAAAAUAUGAUCCAUAACUUUUUCUUGAUAUACAGUAUGGAUGGACAUGUUAUUGAUGUUACAAUGGACCAUUCACAAACCUUACCAGCUAUAUGUGUACUGAGUGAUAUAAUAUAUUUCUUCUUUCACUUUUUGUUGAUUCCAUUUUUUCCUCUCAAAACAAUAUCCCUUACCUACUUUCAGCAUGUGACCUCACUGUAAAUAAUAAUAAAUGAAUAUGUAGAUUAUUUGAAAUUAAUGAAACAUUUAAGAUAGGGUAUGCAGUACCUACAGAGACCCUAUUGUGAGAGACUGUCUGCAUCCCAAAUGGUACUGUAUUCCCUUUAUAGUGCACAUGGGGUUCUGUUCAAAAGUAGUACAACUACAUAGGGAAUAUGGUGCCAUUUGGGACCGACACACUAUGUUAGUUCCAGUUUUCAGAUCAUCAUUCUUGAGAAAAUUAUAUCGUAUAAAAUCUUCUUCUUAUUAUUAUUAUUAUCUUAACUUUUUGUUACUAUUUUAUUUGAUUUAGAUACUCAACAAAAAAUGAAGUAUUCAGCUAAUAGAUUAUGCAAUGAUUUAAGUGCUCUUUUUGUUUUUGGAAACUGACAUUGUUACUUAGCUGCUGUUUUUAUAAAAAAUAACAAAUAACUGAAAGUAGACAUUUUUAAAUUGACUUCGUAAACAACAUAUACACAAAAGAUAACGUGAAUAAAAGUCGGACCAAUUUACGUUUACAAUGUUGCACUUCUAAAGUUUUGUUGUUGCUCAAGUGUUUUGUAUAAUUAGUUUUGACUGUAAAGAUUUGACAGAAAACUGCUUAUCCUCAAACAUAAACAAGUGUUUGGGCCUGUUACAUUUCUUAAUUUAUGUACGGAAAGUCAAAUGUAUUUUGACAUUUUUCUGAGAUUUGCCAUAAAAGUACAAUGAGAUUUGUUUAUGAAUUACAAAUGAUCUACAGUGGGGUCCGGAAUUAUUGGAUCUCUUAAUAAAGAUACGUUUCUUUGAAUAAAGUAUGCUCAAUAAAGUAUGCUCCAAUUUUGUUUUUAUGGAUGAGGUAUUUUCUGCAUAUGCAUUGUUCUUUCGAAGGCCAAACACAAUGCUCGUGUGGGUGGCCAAAGAGCUCUAUUUUCAUGCCUGAUGACCAUAGCUCCGAUUCCAAUCCAAGUACCAAUGACGUUUAGCAAACUCCAGGCGGUGCUAUGGUCAGAUGACAUGAGAAUAGAGCUCUUUGGCCACACACACCAAUGGUGGGUUUGGCCUUCGAAAGAACAGUGCAAAUGCAGAAAAUACCUUGACUCUACUGUAAAAUAUAGUGAUGGAUCUUUGACGUUAUCAGACUAUUUUCCUUCCACUGGUCCAGCGGCCCUUGUUAAGGUCAACGGCAUCAGAAAUGUACCAAAGUACCAGGACACCAAGCACACAUCAAAAUCCACAAAGAAAUGGUUAAUUGGACACAAAAUUUAUAUUUUUGCAAUGGCCAUCUCAGUCUCUGGACUUGAGAACCCAAUUGAAAACCUGUAGUUUGAAUUGAGGAGGGCAGUCCAUAAGCGCAGACAAAGGAUAUCAAGGAUCUGGAAAGAUUUUGUAUGGCGGAAUGUCCUUCCCAAUGUGUUCACCAAUCUCAUUAUAUGUCUAUUUUUUUUAAAGGCUCAGUUUCAUUAUACUUGCAAGGGGAGGGUGCUGGAGUAUUGAAAGCAUGAGAUCCAAUCAUUUUGACCCCUUUCUUUUACAUAACAUUUUUUAUUAUACACUAUAGCUCAGUAUUUGUACUAUUUAUUUUAUUCAGUCUUUUUUGUGCAUCUUUAUCAAGGGAUCCAAUAAUUCCGGACCCCAGAAUAUAUAUUGUAAAAUAGCUCUUGUUUGUUUGAAGUAUAGAGACUUGACCUCUGAGUUCUGAUUGGAAACUAUAUCUAUAAUUGUUAACUGCUUAUAUGAUUAUACAGUGCAUUCGGAAAGUAUUCACUUGAAUUUUUCCACAUUUUGUUACGUUACAGCCUUAUUCUAAAAUUGAUUAAAUUACUUUUUUUCUUCAUCAAUCUACACACCAUAAUGACAAAGCGAAAACGGUUUUUAGAAAUUGUAUUACAAAUAAAAAACAAAAAUACCUUAUUUACACCUGUAUUCAGACCCUUUGCUAUGAAACUCGAAAUUGAGCUCAGGUGCAUCCUGUUUCCAUUGGCCAUCUUUGAGAUGUUUCUACAACUUAAUUGGUGUCCACCUGUGGUAAAUUAAAUUGAUUGGACAUGAUUUGGAAAGGCACACACCUGUCUAUAUAAGGUCCCACAGUUGACAGUGCAUGUCACAGCAAAAACCAAGCCAUGAUGUCGAAGGAAUUGUCCGUAGGGCUCCAAGACAGCAUUGUGUCGAGGCACAGAUCUGGGGAAGGGUACCAAAACAUUUCUGCAGCAUUGAAGGACCCCAAGAACACAGUGGCCUCCAUCAUUCUUAAAUGGAAGAAGUUUGGAACCACCAACUCUUCCUAGAGCUGGCCGCCCGCCCAAACCGCAAUCAGGGGAGGAGGGCCUUGGUCAGGGAGGUGACCAAGAUCCCGAUGGUCACUCUGACAGAGCUCCAGAGUUACUCUGUGGAGAUGGGAGAGCCUUCCAGAAGGACAACCAUCUCUGCAGCACUCCACCAAUCAGGCCUUCAUGGUAGCAUGGCCAGACGGAAGCCACUUCUCAGUAAAAGGCACAUGACAGCCCACUUGGAGUUUGUUAAAAGGCACCUAAAGAACUCUCAGACCAUUUAAAACAAAAUGAUCUGGUCUGAAGAAACCUGGAUUGAACUCUUUGGCCUGAAUGCCAAGUGUCAUGUCUGGAGGAAACCUAGCACCAUCCCUAAGGUGAAGCAUGGUGGUGGCAGCAUCAUGCUGUGGGGAUGUUUUUCAUCGGCAGGGACUGGGAGACUAGUCAGGAUCGAGGGAAAGAUGAACGGAGCAAAGCUUGUAGCGUCAUACCCAAGAAGACUGUAAUUGCUGCCAAAUGUGCUUCAACCAAAUUCUGAGUAAAGGGUCUGAAUACUUAUGUAAAUAUGAUAUUUCCAUAUAAAACUGUUUUUGCUUUGUAGUUAUGGGGUAUUGUGUAUAGAUUGAUGAGGGGGGAAAGAACUAUUUAAUCCAUUUUAGAAUAAGGCUGUAACGUAACAAAAUGUAGAAAAGGUUUAGGGGUCUGAAUACUUUCUGAAAGCACUGUAUUUUGACACAGGCAAAUCUUAAAGUCAAUGGUUAUUGUGUAAUGUUGAUGCUGAUCUUAAAAUCAAUGUUGAUGAGUUAGUGUUGACUGUAGUUGUAUCUGGUGAGUGUUCAUUACAUUUAAAUUGUUAUUGGUUAAUGUUUAUCCUGACAUGUAUGUAAAUGUUGCCUGCUAUUCUUUUGCCUUGGUGUUAAAAAAACAUCCAACCACCCUCCCCUUUAAUAAGUAGUCAUAUCUUAAAGGGGAGAAGUGACAACUCAGACCAGCCAGCUACACCAUGGUGCUUUCUUGGAACCUCGAGGAGCAAGUGCCUGACACUAUUCUAUCUGCGCCAUAUUUACAAAAAAAAUGCAACAAGUAAGAUUUUGUGAAAAAAAUCUUUUUGCAGAUGUUGGUUGAAGCCGUAUGUAUAUAUAAAUGAUCUCACUGAAAA